UGAAGCAAAGGACAGGCAAUUCUGAAUCAUUCCCCAUUACUGUGAGUCCUGUUCCGGCUGUGUGCACGUUUCUCCUGAUACCGUCUCUUUACAAAAGUAUUGCGGCAUCAUGGUUCUUGAUUUAGAUCUUUUUCGGGCAGACAAAGGCGGCGAUCCAGAAAUUGUGAGAGAGACGCAACGAAAAAGGUUUAAAGAUGUGUCCUUGGUGGAUAAACUGGUUCAAGCAGAUGAGGAAUGGAGGAAGUGUCGCUUCAUUGCUGACAACCUCAACAAGGCAAAGAAUUUAUGUAGCAAGUCUGUUGGUGAGAAAAUGAAGAAGAAGGAGCCAGUUGGAGAUGAUGAAACCCUCCCAGAGGAGGUCCAGAACCUGGAGACACUCACAGCAGACAUAUUAUCAACACUGACUGUGACUCAGAUUAAGAAGGUUCGAGUGUUGGUGGAUGAAGCAAUUCAGAAAACCGACAGUGAGCGGCUGAGGCUGGAGAUGGAGCGCUUUGAGUCCCUGAGAGAGAUUGGCAACCUCCUACACCCCUCUGUUCCCAUUAGCAAUGAUGAGGAUUCUGAUAAUAAAGUUGAGCGCACCUGGGGUGACUGCACAGUGCAGAAGAAGUACUCUCACGUGGAUCUGGUUGUCAUGGUGGAUGGAUAUGAGGGAGAGAAAGGUGCCAUCAUUGCAGGAAGCAGAGGAUAUUUCUUAAAGGGACCUCUAGUUUUCCUGGAGCAGGCUUUGAUUAACUAUGCCCUACGGAUCCUUUACAGCAAGAAUUACACACUCCUCUACACACCUUUCUUCAUGCGGAAAGAGGUCAUGCAGGAGGUUGCACAACUCAGCCAGUUUGAUGACGAACUGUAUAAGGUUAUUGGGAAGGGCAGUGAGCAUUCAGAUGAUACAUCAGUGGAUGAGAAGUAUUUGAUUGCCACUUCAGAACAGCCCAUAGCAGCCUUCUUGAGAGAUGAGUGGCUUAAGCCGGAGGACCUGCCCAUCCGUUAUGCUGGCAUUUCUACCUGCUUCAGACAGGAAGUGGGUUCCCAUGGCCGAGAUACACGUGGCAUCUUUAGGGUUCACCAGUUUGAAAAGAUUGAACAGUUUGUGUAUGCCUCUCCUCAUAACAACAAGUCAUGGGAGAUGUUUGAUGAGAUGAUCAAAACUGCAGAAGAUUUCUACCAGUCACUUGGAAUACCCUACCGCAUUGUUAACAUUGUCUCUGGCUCUUUGAACCAUGCAGCCAGUAAGAAGCUGGACUUGGAGGCAUGGUUCCCAGGCUCUCAGGCUUUUAGGGAGCUGGUGUCCUGCUCCAACUGCACCGACUAUCAAGCUCGCCGCUUACGCAUACGCUAUGGUCAGACAAAGAAGAUGAUGGAUAAGGUAAAGCUGUCUUCUCUAGAGAGAAAAAUGCUCUUAAGAAAGGUGGUGGUACGAAUAAUUUCAUACUCGUGGAAAAUAUUAAUAAUCCAUUUAUUUAUUUAUUUUUGCAAGGCUGAGUUUGUGCACAUGCUCAAUGCAACCAUGUGUGCUACUACACGUGCAAUAUGUGCCAUUCUGGAAAACUACCAGACUGCAGAGGGUGUAACCAUUCCAGAGCCACUCAGGGAGUUCAUGCCUCCAGACUUGAAAGAAAUAAUCAAGUUUGUGAAGGCAGCUCCUAUUGACAAAGAGAUGUCAAAGAAGCAGAAGAAACAAGAGGGAGGAAAGAAAAAGAGGAAGCAAGCCACUGACUUGCAAACAUUAAUGAACAUCUAAUGUUAAUUUCCAU